AUGUGGACGAGGAUUACGGCGCCGUUUUACAAGAUUCUUGCAUGGCUGCGGCGGCGGUCAACGAUAGUCAAGGCCCUCCUCGCGGCGGCGGCGGCGCUCUGCGCGGUGGCGACGCUGAAACUGACCCAUUUCUUCGUCGCGUCUGAGGCGAUCCAUUUCCUUGGGAUUUUGGUGUUGAUUUAUAAGCUCACCACUCUCAAAACGUGCUCCGGGCUCUCCUUGAAGGCACAAGAGCUUACAGCUACAUUCUUGGCAUCAAGAUUGUGCUGCAGUUUUUUCAUGGAGCGCGACAUCCACACUGUGCUCGACUGUCUAAUUCUUGUCUCGACUUUAUGGAUCGUAUAUAAGAUGAGAUUCGAGUUGAAAUCAACCUACAUCUCCAAGCUAGACAACAUGCCCUUGUACUAUGUGAUUGUACCUUGCGCGAUCCUAGCAAUGCUCGUCCAUCCUCGCACGUACCAGGGGCGUCCCGUGCGGAUGCUAUGGGCAUUUGCUGUCUACUUGGAGUCUAUUUCAGUAUUGCCACAGCUCAAGAUGAUACAAAAUGCCAAGAUAAUCGAGCCAUUCACAGCCCAUUACGUGUUUGCAUUAGGAAUUGCAAGAUUUUUGGGAUGUGCUCAUUGGAUCAUUAAGGUCUACAAAUCGAGCGGAAGGUACUUGUAUCUAGUGGGAGCUGGCUACAUUUGGUUUCCUAUGGUGCUACUAGCAGAAAUCGUUCAGACAUUCAUCUUGGCUGACUUUUGUUAUUACUACAUUAAAGGCCUAAUGGAUGGUAGACUUAUUGUCUACAUGCCCAUGCAUUCGCAUGCGUCAGCUCACUUGGUCUGA